AUGAAACUAACACAAAAAACACUUUUUCAAUGUUUUGAAAAAUCUCGUCCAACAUCACCAAUAGUUAAAUCAUGUGAAUCUCAAAUAAAAAUUUCUUCUCAACAACAAGAAUCUGAAAAUCAUCAAUCUAAUUUUCUUUUACCUAUUCAUAUACGCCAAUUAUAUAAUUCAUUAAAUAAUGAUAUUAUUCCUUGUUUUAAUGAAAGAAAAUUUAAUGAUGAUAAUUCAUCUUAUUCGAGUCAAGAAUUUUAUCGAAUAUGUCCAACAAACGUUAAUAAUCAAAAUCAUUUACCGAAACUUAAGUUUAUUAAAAUAUCAUCAACUGAACGUCAAAUGGAAUUGUUUAAUCAAUAUACUAAUGAUCAAUCCAUCAUUAAUUGGAAAUCCAUGUUUGAGAGUUUCCAAGAUUACCGAAAAAAAGUCAUAGAACAAACCAGUCUUCGUUUUUUAGAUCAAUAUGAACAAUUAUUAUGGACCGAAAUCUAUCGUCCAAAAAAUUCUAAAACAUAUCUUGGAAAUCAUACAAGACAAAUCAAACAUUUAAACGAAUGGUUUUCAUAUUGGACAAAAAAAUUACAUAAUGAACAACCUCAAAAAAAAGUUUCACGAAAGAAACGAAAAUGUCUUGCCGACGACGACGAUGAUGAUGAUUAUUCCGAUAAAAAUUUUUCGAACGAUUCAAAUACAUUUUUUAAUCAUUCCUGUCAUUCGAAAUCUGAACAUCCACGAUUAAUUUUUAUUCAUGGUUUUGGAACAACAUCGUUGGUACAUGCACUUGCUGAAGAACAUAAUUUCAAAGUAACAGAAAUUAACGGAUCUCAAUCACGAGCUCGUACACCUCUACUUAAACAACUUGAACAAGUAACAAAUCAUCAUCAACUAUCGUUUAAACGUUGUCCAUCAGAUACGAUUAUGUCACAAGAAAACAAAUCAAAAUCGAAUAAAGAAGUAUCAUCUCCGUUACCCGUCAAGAAAAAAGCUAAAUAUGAACGUGGUUCCAUAGUGUCUUAUUUUAAUCAACCAAAAAUGUCCGAUCAUAAUAAUGAUGAACAAAAAGAAAAUAAACCUCAGUGUCAAUCAAAAUCAAUGAUAUCGAAUAAAAAAGAAUCGAAAAAAUUAACUAAUGAAACAAAUAUUACAAAAAGACGAAGUAAAACCAAACAAGAAGAAAAACCAAUAAUUACAACAGAUAAUCAAUUUAUCUCAUCUGUUCAAGUUGAAAAAACAUCUUUAAUUCUUUUCGAUGAGAUCGAAACAUUAACAACAGAUGAUAAUUUUUGGUCAUGUUUAAAAAAAUUACUCGAAACAGCUAAAAAACCUAUUAUACUCACAUCAAAUAGUAGAACAAAUCCCGAAGAUGCAAUUAUCAAUUUAUCUAAAAUUGGCUAUUAUGAACUUAUUCAUCUCGAACAAAAUGAACCAGAACUUGUCGGUUGUUUUCUCCGUUUAAUACUUUUAAUUGAAAUGUUUGAAGUAUGUUCACUUGAUGACCUUACAAGACUUUUUCAACAUUGUUCAUGUGAUUUACGUCAAACAUUAUUAACACUUCAAUUUCUUGUACAAUCAUCAUCUAUAACAAAUAGUCCAAAAUAUCCGUUAGAAGAGAAUAAUUCAAUAAUAUCAAAACCUAGAUGGCAAUCAUCAUGUAUAUUCGAUGCUAUGUAUUAUUCUCACCUUGAUGAACAAUGGAAUGAAUCAAUACUUAAAAUAUUUUUUGAUGAUCUAACAAUAAAAUAUACAUCGGAAUAUGAAAAAUCACAUCUGUUGUUACUGAAUCACAGUAAAAAUGAUGCGAAACGAAUUGAAUUGUAUGAUACAUUCAAAUUGUUUAUGCAAGAACAAGAAAUUGAUAAUAUUAUUGAUCAUCCAUCAUUUUAUCUUGAUUAUCGACCAUAUAUUCGACAAAUUUGUCAAAAUGAACAGAUUCGAAUCAAUGAUUUUAAUUCAAAUCGACGUCUUCGACAUAAUCUUAGUUUUCGUGGUUGUUCAUUACAAUGGUCUGACUUUGAAAUUUUAUCGGCCGGUAUUAAUUAA